GCUGGCCGGGGUGGGAGGUUCCCGCGGCCGAGGGGAAGAUGGCAGCAGCCGCGGUGCUGGCCGCUGGGCUCUGCGUGGCGCGCCGGGCGGUGGCUGUAGCGGGGCCGCGGGGGGCGCAGCGUCGCCGCGAGAGAAACGAACCGGCGAUGAACGACGCCCUGCACAGGCCCGGGCACCGAGGUCGACACAGGGCCCAGCGCUAUCUGGCGCUACUCUCUGCUGCUGAUGCUCUGAAAGUCCGAGGAGCUUCAGCUGUGACUGAUGGGAAUGAAGUGGCCAAGGCCCAGCAGGCAGCUCCUGGGGGGGCAGCCCCAACCAUCUUCUCCCGGAUCCUGGAUCGAAGCCUCCCAGCUGACAUUCUGUAUGAGGACCAGCAGUGUCUCGUAUUCCGUGAUGUGGCCCCUCAGGCUCCUGUGCACUUUCUGGUCAUUCCUAAGAAGCCCAUUCCUCGCAUUAGCCAGGCUGAAGAAGAAGACCAGCAGCUUCUAGGACACCUGCUCCUUGUGGCCAAGAAGACAGCAAAGGCUGAGGGGCUGGGAGAUGGAUACCGACUUGUGAUCAACGAUGGGAAGCUGGGUGCACAAUCUGUGUAUCACCUUCACAUUCACGUACUUGGGGGCCGACAGCUCCAGUGGCCUCCAGGUUGAACUUACCAAAUGACCAAGGACCUCAGACUUGGAUGCUUGGAUGGGGGUGGGGAAAAACGGCACCCUGUAAUGCUAAUAAACUUGCUCUCCCUCAA